UUUUGAUAAUUCGUGUAGUAAUGUCAGGGUUGCGUUUACAAGAUGAAUGAAAAAAGAAAGGAAAAGCGAAGAAACAAGACAUAAGUAUGCGCGCCGGACGAAAUUUCGUGAGCAACGGAGAGGGGUGUCUUCAGGGUAAUACGACUGUAGUACAACGGAUGCCAGUUCUCCGCAAGCGAGUUAGGCUCCUCGAAUUCGAGCGUCGCGAGUGAGAGAAGCUACCAGCAGCAGCCUGGCUCAUCUUUUAGUGUCUAGUGUAACGAUAUGACGGGCUCGUGGCUGAGACCCGUGUUCUUCGUGGGCCUCUUCCUGAGCUUUCUAGCCAUUACCUUGCAGGGAGUGCAAUGUGAAGAAGAGCUAGAAUCUAUACCACCGGAAGACCUUUGCCGGCCUUACAUCGAGAAGGCACUCAAGGAUCUCGGCACAGGAUCUUUGGAGCAGACCAGUGCAGAGGUCGAUAAUGUUAACGACGAGGAGGGACGCGAAGAAGAAGCGUUAGCUAUCACUGAGGAGGCCGAUGAAUCUGCAGAGAAGGAUGUUUCGAAGGAUGUUUCAAAGGAGAAUCAAACCGAAGAAGGAGGAGAAACCGAUGAAGAAGGAAAAAUCGAUGAUGAAAUCAAAGAGUUGCAAGAAAAGGACGAAGAAGAUCUUUCUGGAGAAACUGAUACGAUCAGUGUAGAAGAGACUGCAGAAGAAACUGCAGAAGAGACUGCAGAUGAGACUGCAGAAGAGGAAAUUAUAGACGAGACUGAGGAUGAAUCGACUCAAGCCUCUGACAAGGACGAUCAAACAGAUCAAGUUCUUGAAGAUGACAGCGACGAAGAGAUAAAAGAAGACAAGAACGAGGCUAAAGAAGAAGAAGAAGAAGAAGAAGAAGAAAACGAAUCCGUUGAACCAAAAGAGGAAGAAAAGGAUAAAUCCGAAGAAGAAGAGCAAAAAUCUGUCGAAGAAGAGACGGCUCAAUUAAACGAUGAUGAUGAUUUGACCGAUGCCAAGUCAUCCGAAGACAAAGAUGAAAAAUCUGAGGAAGAAAAUUUAAGGAGCGAUGCACCGUCUGACAGCGAAAAUGAGAUCGAAGAAAAAGAGGAAAAUUCCGAAAAGGUAGAUAAGAAGGACGAAGAAGAGGAAAAAGAAGACGACGAGAAUGUUCAAGAUGAUACCUAUCAAGAAGAUGGUUCUCUGGAACAUGAAAACGCGGAUGAAGUAACGCAAGACGAUAUAAAGAUUGAAGAAUUAUCGCAAGAAAUGAGUGAAGAAGGGAAGAAAUCCGAAGAAAACGAUGACCACGACGACGACAACGUUAAAUCUGAAAACGAUAAGAAAGCUGACGAAGGGGAGAAUGAAGACGAUUUGGAGAAAAAAGUUGAGAGCGAAGAAAAGGAAGAACGCGUAAGCGUAGAAGAAGCAGAAGAAGCAAAAGAAGCAGAAGAAGCAGAAGAAGCAGAAGAAGCAAAAGAAGAAGAUGAUCAAGCUAGUAAAGAAAAGGACGAAGCUGUAGAAAUAUCUGAAGAAACAACGGAAAAAGAAGAAGGAGAAAGAGAAGAAAAAAGUGUGCAAGAGGAUGAAAAAGAUGAAAGGGAAGAGGAAAAAGGUUCAUCUCGUGCGAAACGAGAAGUCGAAAACGAAAGUGAGGAACGAACGAUAGAAGAUAAAAGCGAGGAUGAUGAAGAAGCAAAAGUUGAAAGCGAAGAAGAGCCUAGUCCUGAGGAGGAUUUGAUUCAAGAAAUACAAAUGCCGGAAAAUCUUCGACCGCGCGAUCACAUCAACCAAUUGUUAAAAUUAGAUGAGGAAAAUGAAGAAAAAGAACGUGCUAUACAAAAAGUUUCCGAUAUAGUUUUGAGAGAUUUGAAGAAGCUCUACGAUAACGCGAUUCAACCAUUGGAAACGCUUUACAAAUACAGAGAUCUCAGUAACAGACAUUUUGGAGAUCCAGAGAUAUUCUCUAAACCAUUGAUACUCUUCAUGGGUCCUUGGAGCGGUGGCAAAUCUUCAAUUAUCAAUUAUUUAUUGGACAUAGAAUAUACAACGAUCGCAUUGCGAACAGGAGCUGAGCCCUCUCCCGCCUACUUCAAUAUCCUUAUGCACGGCGAAGAAGAAGAAGUUUUAGAUGGUACGCAAUUGGCAGCCGACUGGACUUUUUCUGGAUUGCAAAAAUUCGGUCAAGGGAUGUUGGAUCGUCUCAGAGGGCUUCGCUUCAAUAAUAAGUUACUCGAGAAGGUUAAUAUCGUCGAGAUACCUGGCAUCUUAGAGAUACGCAAACAAGUUCAAAGAUUGUUUCCGUUCAAUGACGCUUGCCAAUGGUUCAUCGACAGAGCAGACAUUAUUUUCCUAGUCUACGACCCUUCAAAAUUAGAUGUUGGACCAGAAACAGAAGCCAUUUUGGAUCAACUUAAAGGCCGCGAAUAUCAAACACGAAUUAUACUGAAUAAAGCUGAUCAAGUCAAACCGGAAGAACUUAUGAGAGUGCAAGGUGCUCUCAUCUGGAAUAUAUCUCCGUUAAUGUCUAGCGCUGAACCACCGAUAAUGUAUUCCACUUCUUUAUGGUCUAUACCUUACGAAACUGGCGCACCGACCAGACUGCUCUACGCGCAAGAACGCGCCUUCCUUCGUGAUUUGCGUUCUGCCAUUGACAAAAGAGUUGAACAUAAAAUAGCCAGUGCUAGGAGAUUUGCUGUUCGUGUACGAAAUCAUGCUAAAAUGGUAGAUUGCUAUUUAACGACAUAUUAUAAUCACAAAACAUUUUUUGGAAAUAAGAAAGAAAUUAGUGACAAAAUCGUAGAAAAUCCUCAAGAUUAUCAUAUUUACGAAGGCUUGAGUACUCUUACCAAUAUAUCACGCUAUGAUCUUCCCGAUCCAGACGUUUAUCGGGAUUUUUUCCGAUUAAAUGCUUUAUACGAUUUUCAGCUUUUAAGUUCAACUUGUACUUAUUUCCGCGGUUGUCCUAUAAAUAGACUCGACGUUGCCAUUGCAUAUGAUCUACCAGAACUUGUUGGAAAAUAUAAGAAAUCUGUAGAAGUGGUGAUGCAUGAGAACGAGGCUAGUAGCCCAUCCAGUUGAGUACAAAUGCACCUUCUAAAUGGAAUUCUUUCUACCAUAUAGAGUACAGAAUAAUCGCUAAUUUUCCUUUUACUCUACGUUCGAAUAGAUAAAAUGAUAAAUUAAGAUGAUUGUGCGAAAAUACAGUAUUUUUCACAAUGACAAGAGAAAUCUCCUCCCAUAAUUAUGAAUUUAACGACCUACUACGAUCAUUUUUAUCGGGAGUAGACUGUGCUGGAUGUAUAUUGUACUAGAAUUGAGCUGAGUCACGUAUGAAAAGUUAUAUACGAUUGAAAUGCACAUCACUGUACAUUCUCUAGAAAGAAAAUGAAGAACGAGAGAGAGAAAGAAUGAUGUAACGAAUGA